GUUGAUAGUAGCAGCAGCAGAGCUCAGACAGGAACAGCUGAAAAAGAACAACAAAGCCACGACGACGACGACAGCAGCACAAACAACAGAUGUUCGCCUAAAACACCACUCAAACACUGGUGACACCGGGUCCUUUCGUGCCAUUAAACAUUCCUAAAACGUCGUUCGCCAAGAUCAGACAAUGGGACGCAUCUUCUUGGACCACAUUGGUGGAACGCGCCUCUUCUCCUGCGCUAACUGUGACACCAUCCUCACGAAUCGGUCUGAGCUCAUCUCAACGCGCUUCACUGGAGCCACGGGCAGAGCUUUCCUCUUCAAUAAGGUGGUGAACCUCCAGUAUAGCGAGGUUCAGGACAGAGUGAUGCUGACCGGCAGGCACAUGGUGAGAGACGUCAGCUGCAAGAACUGCAACAGCAAGCUGGGCUGGAUCUAUGAAUUUGCCACCGAGGACAGUCAGCGGUACAAGGAGGGACGUGUCAUCCUGGAGAGGGCGCUGGUUAGGGAGAGCGAGGGAUUUGAAGAGCAUGUCCCCUCAGACAACUCCUGAGCCCCUGAAGUUGGAUUAACUCCUGUGUACUCCCCUUCCCCAUCCUUUAUCCCCUUGCCACUGUGCUGCAUAGCGCCACCUGCAGACUUAGUGGUCAGUGAAGUUUUGGCUGACCGACACUCCCAAUUCCCUACAUCCCCUCCUUGUCUCUGGCCUAUGACCGUAAACCUCUGCUGAUUAGAUGAUUGGCUUGCUGGAUCUAUUCUUGCCGAAUAGCUUGCAUCCUCAAAAUACUCCCUGAUUCACGUAUCACAGCCUGGGCUCCUCCUCCUCCACCGCCUCUUAGAAUAGCUGGGCACACUCUAACCUCAUAUGUCAACGUGUCACACAGAAUUUUCUCCAUCUCUGCACAAGGCAUGCUUCCAAACCUCUUUUAUAUACAGUUCAAAGCAUGAUAAUAGACAUCGUCAGUCACAUAAGAAAUAUCCAAUGGUUGUUUUGCCAAUUUCAAUAACUGGAGGCAUAAAGGCCUUUGCACAUCAACAAGGACACAAAUAAACGGGGUGGAUUUUGAUACUCAAUCACAAUGCACGUACAAAUUAUAAGGACCAGAAA